AUGGCGUCCACUGCUGAUCCUGAGACCUUCACGUUGUUCUCAAACGCCUCUGGCUGCGACACACUGUACGCCCACCGCGCCUAUGCCAAGGUCCUCAUGCCCCUGUUCUAUUGUGUGGUGUUCCUGGUGGGGCUCUCCGGGAACUGCCUCGCCCUUUACGUCAUCCGUCCCAACCUGAAGAAAAUGAACUCCACAACUCUGUACUCCCUCAACCUGGUCAUAUCCGACAUCCUGUUCACUCUCUCGCUCCCAGUGAGGAUUAUAUACUAUGGCAUGGGCUUCCACUGGCCUCUAGGGGAAGCCGUAUGCAAAAUCUCUGGUCUUCUCUUCUACAUCAACACUUACGCUGGGGUGAAUUUCAUGACUUGUCUGAGUAUCGAUCGUUUCAUAGCAGUAGUUUUGCCUUUACGCUUUGCAAAGCUAAGAAAAGUAAGCCACGUGCGCUACAUCUGUCUGGGUGUCUGGCUGCUGGUUCUUGGUCAAACUCUCCCAUUGCUCAGUAUGAAUAUGACCAACGUGGAAGCGGACGGUUAUGUCACAUGCAUGGAGUACCCCAAUUUUGAGAAAGUCGACCAUAUUGCCACUGUAUUGAUAGGCGCUGUGUUUCUUGGUUAUGUCAUCCCUGUUUGUACAAUCCUAGUGUGUUAUUCUAUUCUCUGUUACAAGCUUCACUUCACAGCCAAAUCCAACCAUCUUACUGAAAAGUCUGGACGAAGCCGCAAAGCCAUCGGCGUCAUCGUCUGCGUCUCUCUUGUGUUCGUCGUCUGCUACAGCCCCUAUCACAUUGACCUCCUUCAGUACAUGAUCCGUAAGCUUGCCCUCACACCCAGCUGUGCCGAGCUGACCUCCUUCCAAAUCUCUCUGCACAUCACGGUCUGUCUGAUGAACUUGAACUCCUGCCUGGACCCGUUCAUUUACUUCUUUGCCUGUAAAGGAUACAAAGGCACUCUGCUCAAGUUGCUCAAGCUGCAUGCCAGUGUGUCCUUCUCCAGCGCUGGGAGGACUUCUCCUGAAGGAUCCAACGGAAACAAGAUCCAGCUAAACAGUUCGACGCUGUGUUCGGCAACUGAAAGGCUAACUCCGGGAGACCGCAGAUCUGUGAAAUAUGCCUGA